AUGGAUGGUGGGGCCGUGGGAGAUGAGAGCUAUGCCAAAGCCCUGCGCGAGCGCCUGCAAAGCGUGCAGGCAGAGGUAGAGGUGCAGCGGAAGCUGGCUUUGGCCGUGAAGCAGGAGCUGGACCGGGUCCAGGCCGAGGCGGAGCAGAACCAAAAGGAGCUGGUGGAGCUCAGGCGGCGCUGGGCGGACGAGCAGCCAGAGCGAGAGGCUCUGCUGCGGGAGACGGGCGAGGCCGAGCGGCGCUUCGCGGCGAGGGAGCGCCGCUGCGCGGAGGCCCUGGCGAGGUCUCCCGCGGAGGCGGAGGGACCCGGAGGACCCAGCUCGAAUGGGAGAGGCGGCGAGCUGGCGAAGAGCGCCCGCGUCGCAUCGCUGGAGGCCUCGCGACAGCAGCUGUCCGCAGGGCUGCAGGAACUUCAGGAUGCUGUUCGCCAGGAGACCACGCUGAUUACACAGCUCACUUCCCGUUGCGAGGUGCUACGCAGGGAAACAAAGGCUUUGGGCACUGGCGCCAGCGCCGCCCGCGAGGCAGAGGCCCGGGCGUGGCGGAAGCUGGCGGCGCUGGAGGCGGCCGAAGCCGCGGCAAAGCAGCGUGAGCACUUCCUGGACCGGCAGGGCAAAGAUCUGCAGGACCAGGUGCGGGCACUGCGCUUACAGCUGGAUGCUGCCUCUGCCAUCCCUCCUGUGAACGGUUUCGCCCAUGUCACGAGCCAGAUGGAGGAGAAUGCUUGGGAGUUGGUCCGCAAGCUGGAGUCCAAGGUCGUGCGCUUGCGCGAGGAACUCCGUGAGAAGCAGGGGGAGCUCCAGCACUUGAGAGCCGAUCCUCGGGCGGGGGCUGAGGAAAGAAGACGGCCCAGCGGUGCGACCAAUCAGGAAGCCUUUUCCUCUUGA